AUGGCGAGUCAUGGCAUUCCCCGCCAGAGUGUCAAGGCAGAGGUGGAUACCGAACGGAAUCGGAAAGAAGUCCAGACAUACAGGGAUUUGGAGAGUUCUGUACAUGAGAAGAUCGCCGCCCGUAAAUAUUCACAUGAUACUCUGGAACAAGUAUCCGAGCUGUUGAAGAAGAACCCUGAAUAUUAUACGAUAUGGAACUACCGACGAUUAAUACGACAGCAUGAGUUCGCUGAAGCUACAUCGGAAUCUGGCCAACCAGAGGCAAGUCAGAUCAUGCCUAUCAUCAAAUCUGAUCUGGAGUUUCUCUUUCCUUUGCUCCGCUCCUUUCCAAAAUGUUACUGGAUCUGGAAUUAUCGGCUCUGGAUCUUGAACGAAGCCAAGAGACUACUUCCAAGGCAACUUUCUCGGCAAUUUUGGGAGGGAGAACUCGCUCUUCUGGGCAAGAUGUUGAAUGCAGAUAGUCGCAACUUUCAUGGUUGGGGCUAUAGGACUUUUGUGAUUGAGGCAUUGGAAGAUCUUGCCGAUGACGGCGAACCGAGCAUGACACAAGCGCAAAUAGACUAUACAACAAAGAUGAUAAAAACCAAUUUGUCAAACUUUUCGGCAUGGCAUUAUCGGACCAAAGCGAUCCAGAAGAUUCUUGAUGAGAAGAAAGCAAGCGAUGAAGAACGAAGACAAGUUUUGGAACAAGAAUUGGAAUUGUCUCACAACGCUCUUAUAGAUCCAUAUGACCAGUCACUUUGGUUCUACCAUCAGAAUUUAAUGUGUGUGUUCGACCCAUCACUAGCGGACCGCACUCUGGCACCAGGUCUAUCGAGCCCUGAGCGAUUAAGAUAUGUUCAGGAAGAGAAGGAAUUGAUCAACGAAAUGCUGGAAGAGUACACGGAUUGCAAAUGGAUAUACCAGGCUCUGGUAGACUGUAAUUUGAUCGCGGCGAAGAUUGAAGGAACCAUGUCUGCAAAGAAUCGAGCAGAAGUAUUGGAAUGGCUCAAGUCAUUGAAUGAGCUGGAUCCUUUGAGGAAGGGACACUGGAAAGAUAUUGAGAACCAAGUGACGUGA